UGCAGUUCUCGAAUGGGUUCUCAUAAUUCUGCUUUUCGUUGAUGGGUUUGUUGGAUUUUUGGCUAACGAAUUUGCCAAGUUCUUCGAGUUGCGAGUUCCGUGCCUGUUCUGCACCAGGAUCGACCAUGUUCUGGUUCGUAAGAAUGCCGAUUUCUACUACAACCAUUCCAUCUGUGAAGGCCACAAGAAGGAUGUCUCGUCUCUUGCAUAUUGCCAUAACCACAAGAAACUCUCCGACAUUCGCCAGAUGUGCGAGGUCUGUCUUCUCUCUUUCGCCACCGAGAAGGAAUCCGACUGCAAUACCUACAAAUCGCUCGUCGGGAUACUGCACAAGGAUCUUGAAUGCUUUGUUGAGGAUGAUCGCCAGGUAGUUAGCUUGCCUACGGGGAAGAAAGAUGAGGGUGUUCAUGUGGAGAAGGGGGGUGAUUACUGUUGUUGUUCAUGUUGUGGGGAGCCAUUGAAGCUUACAUCCGCCAAUUCAAAAGCCAAGAAUGGAACGACCUUUUCGCAAGCUCCUGCUCCAUCGCCCCGAGCCGCUUUCAAAAACGACGACAAAACUAGCUUGGAGUUGCCACACAUUCGUUAUACAGAACUCAAAUUAUUGUCUGAUGAACCAGAGUUCGUAGAAGAUGAUGAAGGUUUACAUGGAAGAAAUCUCGACUCUCAAUUGUCUGGAAUUGAUUCGGGUGCAGUUAAGGAAGAUGUGAAAGCCGUAAAAGCGCCAUUGUUACCUGAAGGUGAGGACGGGCAUGAAACUUCCAGGACCCCCGUCUUUGGAAGAGGAAACAAAUUUUUUGGUAUCCCACUUACGGAUUCUGCUAAUAACAGUCCCAGGUGGGCCUUCAGAGUCUCCAGAAAAUCACCACUUGAAAGAACAGAGUUUCAAGCGGAGAAUUUUGAGGCAGACAUGUUGGGGCCAGGAGACAAUGAUUCCAUUUUGAAUUGCUUGAAAAGACAAGUUAAAAUCGAUCGGAAAUCGCUCAUGGAGUUGUACAUGGAACUGGAUGAGGAGAGAAGUGCUUCAGCCGUGGCGGCGAACAACGCAAUGGCCAUGAUCACUCGCUUACAAGCCGAGAAGGCGGCCGUUCAGAUGGAAGCUUUACAGUAUCAGAGAAUGAUGGAAGAGCAGGCAGAGUAUGACCAGGAAGCCUUACAAGCUACAAAUGAUUUGCUUGCAAAGAGAGAGGAAGAGAUCAAGGUCUUGGAGGCUGAAAUUGAUGCUUACAGAGAAAAAUAUGGAUAUCUUGGGGAUGGUAGUCCUAAGUUGUCCGAAGAUGAGAUAUCUGAUGAGGAUUACCAAGAAUUCAAGUCACAAUCAUGUCUGUCUUCUGAUGAGAAAUCUGACUGUGGUACACCCUUUAGUCUCAAUGGGAGAGAGAACAACAAAGAAAUUUUUAACAUUUUAGAUGUGCCGUUUACACCCUCCGCAAUAACACCUUCUGCGAUAACACCUUCUGCAUCGAAGAUUGACAGAGAAAAUAGCAAAGAAGAAAGUAUCAACGAUCAUGGUGUAGCUCUAACACCUCCUGCAUCGAAGAUUGACAGAGAAAAUAGCAAAGAAGAAAGUAUCAAUGAUCAUGGUGUAGCUCUAACACCUUCUGUGUCGAAGAUUGCCAGAGAAAAUAGCAAAGAAGAAAGUAUCAACGAUCAUGGUGUAGCUCUAACACCUUCUGUGUCAAAGAUUGCUAGAGAAAAUAGCAAAGAAGAAAGUAUCAACGAUCAUGGUGUAGCUCUGCCAUCCUCCCAAGGGAAGGCUGGAGGAGAAGGCCUAAAUGAAAUAAGAACAUCCUUUAAAGGGGAAAAAACAUUUCUUUUAGGCCGCUUGAAAAAGGCAAAGAAGAUCUCAGAUGAUGGACUUUCUGCCUUGCAAUCAACCACUUUCAUUGUCGAUCAAGUAGAUGAAGAUACAGGAAAUGAAAGAACUUCUUCACUUACCCAACAACUCUCUAAUCUUAACGCCGAAGGAGAACACGAGUCCUCCAAGCAUGAAGGCAAAAGGAUGUUAACUAAGAUUUCUCACGACUUGAGGAAACUUCAAAUCCAUGUUGACGAGGACAGUGAUGAAAAAUCUUCAUCCUAACCACACCCCCUAUACGUUUCUUUUCUUCCUAGGAUGUACAUAAAGUUGUAUGACAUGCUGAAUAUAGAUAUAAGGCUUCAUGGAGCUCCGCAGCUGCUAACUUCUUCCAUAGCGUUAAGAGACUUUCUUUCCAUCUUCUCUUCAGUUGCUUUCUGUAAUGCUUCUAGACUAACAAAUUCAGUUUCCAAUGAAUUAUUGAUCUCGAAUCCACAGGUGCAGAGCUAACAAAGGUGCAGAGCUGACAAUUCGGCUGUCAGUGAUGAUUGAUGCGUGUAGAAGGCCUUUUUUCAUUUUCCUUCUCCUGUAAUGGCUCAUCAAAUUCAAAAGAGUGUGGAAAUGGUGUUACAGAAAAGUGCUUUUGAAGUUACAUACCAAAAGCCAAAGAAGAAGAGAAAGAAAAAGGCCAAUAUUCCUUCUUUUUUAAGGCUAUAGCUGGAUCAAUGAUAGAACAUCACAAGGGAAACCAGAAAGGCAAAGAGUUUGGUUAGCUUUCAUCCCAUUUACAAUGAAACAAAUGUUAGAUUUGUUUACAAUGAUGCAAGAGUUUUUAAAGUCAUAAUCCCCUCCCCUAAAUGUUCUCCUGUUCGAGUUUAUUACAAUGACAGCAAUGUGCAAGGAAUUUUGAUUGGUUUCAUCCCAUUUACUAACUGGAAACUUUGAGGUGGAAGAGGCCAAUCUUUUUGAAUGCAGAUAGAUAUAAUUUUCUUAGUCA